AUGGCGACCCUCGACGACAUCUCGGGCAACGAGGAGGGCAAGCGCACCAUCGAGCUCUCGGCGUCGGUCGCGUCCACCGGCUCGACACUGCGCUCCGCCUCGCCCGUGGAUCCUAUCAAGACCCCCAAGGUCCGUUUCGAGUCGCUCCCCUUGCCACCCAGCCAGGCCAUGGCGACUCCGAAGAAAACUACCCUCGCGCAGAUCUUCGACUUUGACACCGACGUCCCGCGCCAGCGUCACAGGUUUGGAUUCAACUUUACCCCGCCGCCUCCCGAGAAAGCGAUGUCGGAGGGAUCGGGUGGCGACGACGAUGUGCCGGAGCUGAAAGUGUUUACGGGUGACGAGAAGGUCGAGGAGGAAGUCCACAUGCGUGACGAGGGCGAGGAGCACCGCGAGGGCGAGCAGAGCGACGAAGGGGACGAGUUGAUGUCGAGCGCGGCGAGCGCUGAUGGCUCCCCUGGCCCCAGCUCGCCGCCGAAAGACGCCUUCGUCACCAAGGCCGACACGCCCCCGCGCCUGUACGUCACUGUGCCCCUCCGCGGUGUCACGCCCACGAUGGCGCCCCCUUCGAAUCUAAAGCCGCCCCCUCUGCAGGGCAAGUCGCUCAAGAUCGAGCAUCACCUCGAGGUCCGCACGCCCAGCAAGGUCAAGUUCACGGUGCAGUCGCCCGAGGCCGACGAGCCUGCGUCCGUCGACCCGCCCUCAUCGGACGUACACCAGCCGACCGCCAAGCUGGCCGCACUCCAGGCCGAGAGACUUACCAUUGCACAGAUCAAGAAGCAGGUCAAGAAUGAAAAGUCUAAGGCGAAGCUGCUGGCGAUGCCCAGGCGUGUCUCGCCGGAGAAGAAGAGGGCUUGGCUGAAGAAGACGAAUGGAGACCGUGGCCGCGCGGCGACACUGAGCAAGCGUAGCGAGACUGAACCGCGCACCUCUGCCGCGCGCCACAGCUCCCCCGCCGCGAGCUCAGAACAUGCAACGACGCUGUCCGACGUCGUGGCGUUCAUGGAAGCGCAUCCCGCCCUCGUCGCGCCCCCAAUCACGCUCGACACGGACCUGAGCCUCGUCGCGCGCUUGACGCCGGUGCUCAUCAACGAAGUGCGCGAGAAGAUGGACACGCUCCGGCGCUACCUGCGCGAGGCCGAGGAUGCGGGCGAAGAUCUGGAGCCGUACAUGGCACAGUGGAAGAGGUGGGUCGAGGAGCACAACGCGUUCGUGCUGCACGACAAGCUGCGUGGUCCGUCGGCUUUGUGA